AUGUUUCCAGAGAAGGAAGAAACGCCGGUUACAAUCAGAGGCAGGAGCAGUGGCCAGAAAUUCAAGAAUAUCUCGGAGGAAAGCAAAUCAGAGGAAAGCAAAUCAGAGAAAGUCAUCAGGAUUGAGGAUAUUGAAGCAGAGGUGGAUACCCCAAAAGAGAAUCCAGUUUCAGAGCAUCUGCAAGAGAAUGAAAAAGUUGUUGCUGUAGCUGAAUGCGACGAAGAGGAGAUAGCUGAGGAUGUCGUUGACAUAGCCACAGAGGACACAGCAAUUGAGCUUGAUAAUGUGUCCUCGGAGAUUGAGGAGGAGGAGGAGGAGGAGGAGGAGACGGAGGAGGUUCCAAAGGAGGUGGCAGGAACCAAUGAAGACAAAGAAGAGAACAAAGAAGAAACAGCCGAAGAAUCCUCGAAGGAGGGGAAAAAAAGAAGAGGCAGACCAAGAUCCACUCGUCUCACGAAACCUGUUGAGGCUGAGGAGGAGAGAGUGGAAGAGGAGCAGCCAGUAGUUGAGGAACCUGCUGAGGAAGAGGAGAAUAUCUCACCAGCUGAGGAGGAAGAGGCAGCUCCAGUGGUAGAAACAAGAGUCUUGAGGAGAGGAAGAAAAAGCGUUCCACCUACCCUAACACCAAAAUGCAAGUCCACAAGAAGAGGCAAACUGCCUGAGGAAGAGAAGGCGGAAGAGCCAGAGGAGAAAGAGGCAGCUGAGGAAGAAGAGGCACCAGUAGUGGAAGCAAUAACUGAGGAAGAGGAAAAUGUGGAGGAAAAGAAGAAAGAGGUGGAAGCAGAAGAAGAAACGGUAGAAAAACUAGCAGAGGUAGUUGAAGAGGCAGAAAAAGUGGAGGGGGAGGCAACAGCGGUGGAUAAUGUAGCAGAUGAACCAGUAGAAAAACCAGUUGAGGAAGAAGAGAAGACCACACCACCUGAGGAGGAAGAGGAGGCUCCAGUUGUAGAAACAAGAGUCCUGAGAAGAGGAAGAAAAAGUGUUCUAGUUACUACACCAAAAUGCAAGGCCACACGAAAAGGCAAACAACCUGCGAAAGUGGAGGCGCCAGAUGAAGAGUCAGCUGAGGAAGAAGAGGCACCAGUAGUAGAUGCCAGAGUUUUGAAGAAAGGAAGAAAAUCUACCCCUGCCAAACCCAGAUGCAAAUCCAAACAACGCCACAAACAACCCGAGGAAGAGGUAGAGGAGGUGGCUGAACCUGUGUUGGAUUCUGUGGAUAAAAUGGUAGAGAGAGAAAAAGAAGUGGAGGAAACAGCAGCAAUAGAGAAGGGAGAAAAAGUGGAGCAAGAUAAACCAGUGGAGAAGGAAAUGGCAGAGGAGGAGGUAGCUGUAAUAGUGGAAGAAGAAAUGGUGGAGGAAGAAGAGGAAACUGAAACUGCACCAGUGGGAGAGGAGAGUGUUGCAGAAGAAAAGGUGGAGGAGGAAGCAACAACUGGGGAAGAGGAAAAUGUGGAGGAAGAGAAGGAGAAAACCGAAGCUGAACCUGAAUCAACGGAAGAGGAGAGUGCUGCAGAAGAAAAGGUGAAGGAGGUAGCAACAACUGAGGAAGAGGAAAAUAUGGAGGAAGAGAGGGAAGCGGAGAUAGUGGAGGAAGAACAAAUAGAGGAAGCUGAAACUGCAGUUUCAGCUGAAACUCUUACUGUGGAAGAAAAGGUGGAGGAGGAAGCAAAAACCAUAGAGGAGGAAAAGGUGGAGGAAGCAACAACUGAGGAAGAGGUAAAAGUGGACGAAGAUAAGAAAGAGGAAACAGUUAUAGAAAAACUAGCAGAGGAAGUUGCUAUGGUAGAAGAGGCAGAAAACGUGAAGGAGAAAGAAGAGGCUAGAGAAGUGGAAUUUGUUGCAAAUGAAGUGGUAGAAAAUCCAGUUGAAGAAAAGAACACCUCACCAUCUGAGGAAGAGGAGACCUCACCACCUGAAGAAGAUGCUCCAGUUGUAGAAACAAGAGUCCUUGGGAGAGGAAUAAAAAGGGUUCCUGCUGUUCUGACUCUGAAACGUAGGUCCACAAGAAAAGAUAAACAGCCUGAGGAAGAGAAGGUGGAGGAGCCAGAAGUGGAAGAGGAAGCUGAGGAGGAGAAGACCCCAUUAGAGGAAGCCAGAAUCCUGAGGGUAGGAGGAAAAUCAGCCCCUGCUACUGCCACACCCAGACGCAAAUCCACACGAGCCCGCAAAGAACCUGAGGAAGAGGUGGUGGAGGCGGCUGAUCCUGUGGCAGAAGCGGUGCAAGAAGAAAAAGCUGUGGAGGAGGAAAAAGGAGAGGAAGAAAAGGAAGAGGAAGCUGAAACUGCGCCAGUGGAAGAGGAGAGUGCUGCAGAAGAAAAGGUGGAAGCAGAAAAAGCAGAGGAAGAGGAAGGAACAGAUCAGGAAGAGGAAAAUGUGGAGGAAGAGAAGAAAGCACAAAUAGUGGAGGAAAAGGAGAAAGAGGAAGCUGCUGCUGAAGCUACAACUGUGGAAGAAGAGAGUGUUGCAGAGGAAAGGGUGGAGUAUGAAGCAGGUAUAAUAGAGGAAGAAGAUAUUGUGGAGGAAGAAAAGGAGUCAGCAGAUGAAGAAAAUAUUGAGGAAGCUACAGCUGUCGAAGAAAGAGUGGAGGAGGAAGCAAAACACGCAGAGAAAGAAAAUGUGGAAGAAGCAAUAACUGAGGAAGAGGAAAAAGUGGAGGAAGAGAAGAAAGAGGCAGAAAAAGAAAUGGGAGAAAAACUAGCAGAGGUAAUUGAAGAGGCAGAAAAAAUGGAGAGGGAGGCAACAGCAGUGGAGAAUGUAGCAGGUGAAGCAGUAAAAAAGCUAGUUGAGGAAGAAGAGAGAACCACAGCACCUCAGGAGGAAGAGGAGACCCCAGUUGUAGAAACAAGAGUCCUGAGAAGAGGAAGAAAAAGUGUUCCAGUUACUCCACCAAAACGCCAGUCCACACGAAAAGGCAAACAACCUGAGGAAAAUGAGAAAGUGGAGGCACCAGAUGAGGAAGAGGCAGCUGAGGAAGAAGAGGCAACAGUAGUGGAAGCCAGAGUUUUGAGGAAAGGAAGAAAAUCGGCCCCUGCCAAUCCCAGAUGCAUAUCCAAACAAGGCAGCAAACAACCUGAGGAAGAGGUGGAGGAGGAAAAGGUAGAGGAGGUUGCUGAACCUAUGCUGGAUUAUGUAAAGAAAAGGGAGGAGAGAGAAAAAGCUGUGGAGGAAACAGCAACAAUAGAGGAGGAAGAAAAAAUGGAGCAAGAAAAACUAGUGGAGAAGGAAAUGGCAGAGGAAGCAACAGAAAUAAUGGAAGACGAAAUGGUGGAUGAAGAGGAAGAGGAAACUGAAUUUGCAGCUGAACCUGAAUCAGUGAAAGAGGAUAGUGUUGCAGAAGAAAGGGGGGAGGAGGUAGCAACAACCGAGGAAGAGGAAAAGAUGAAGGAAGAGAAAGAAACGGAGAUAGUGGAAGAGGAAAAAAUUGAGGAAACUGAAGAUGCAGUUGCAGCUGAAACUAUUACUGUGGAAGAAAAGGUGGAAGAGGAAGCAAAAAACAUAGAGGAAGAAAAGGUGGAUGAAGCAACAACUGAAGAGGAAAAAGUGGAUGAAGAGAAGAAAGAGGAAACAGUUUUUGAAAUAGCUAUAGAAAAACUAGCAGAGGAAGUUGCUAUGAUAGGAGAGGCAGAAAAAGCGGAGAAAGAAGAGGCACGAGUAGUGGAAUGUGUUGCAGAUGAAGUGGUAGAAAAGCCAUUUGAGGAAGAGAAGAAGACGUCACCACCAGAGGAGAAGGAGGAAGCGGAGCCUCCAGUUGUAGAAACAAGAGUCCUGAGGAGAGGAAGAAAAAGUGUUCAUGCUACUCCGACUCCAAAACGCAAGUCCACACGAAGAGGCAAACAACCCGAUGAAGUAGAAAAGGAGGAUGAGCCAGAAGAGGAAAAUGGAUAUAAAAAAGAGCCACCAGUAGUGGAAGCCAGAGUUCAGAGUAGAGAAAGAAAAUCUGCCCCGACACCCAGACACAAAUCCAAACGAGCCCGCAAAGAACCUGGGGAGGAAGAAAAGGUAGAAGAGACAGCUGAACCUGUGCCUGAAGCUGUAGAGGAAAAGGUGGAGGAGGAAAAGGUAAAUGAAGCUGCAGCUGAAACUGCUACUGUGGAAGAAAAGGUUGAGGAGGCAGAAGCGAUAGAGGAAGAACAUGUGGAGGAAGCAACAACUGAGGAAGAGGAAAAGGUAGAGGAGGAGAAGGAAGCAGAAGCUGCACCUGAAACUUCACCAGUGGAAGACGAGACAGUGGCAAAAGAAAAGAUUGAGGAGGAAAUUAAAUCUGUAGAGGAAGAAAAGGUUGAAGCAACAGUUGAGGAAGAAGAAACAGUGGAAGAAGCAACAACUGAGGUGACUGUGGUAGAAGAGGCAGAAAAAGUGGAGGAGGCAACAGAGGUGGAAAGUGUAGCAGAGGAAGUAGUGGAAAAGCCGGUUGAGGAUGAGGAGAAAGCCUUACCACCCGAGGAAGAAGAGGGUAAAGUUGUAGAAACAAGAUUCCCGAGGAGAGGAAGAAAAAGCGUUUCUGUUACUCCUCCAAAACGCAAGUCCACGCGAAGAGGCAAAGAAGCAGAGGAAGAGGAGAAGGAGAAGACAGGAAAGGUUGAGGAGAUGGAUAAAUUUGUGCAGGAAGCUGUGGAGGAAAACGUGGAGGAGGAGGAAGAAGAGGCACUGGUAGUAGGAGCCAACAUUCUGAGGAGAGGAAGAAAAUCUGCUCCUGCCACACCCAGAUGCAACUCCAAACAAGCUUGCAAAGAACCUGAGGAAGAGGAAGUAAAGGGGGUUGAAAAGAUGGAGGAGGCAGCUGAACCUGUGCCAGAAGCUGUGGAGGAAGGAAAAGCAGUGGAGGAGGAAAUGGUGGAACAGAAUAAGAUGGAGGCAGAUGUUGCGAUGGUAGAGGACGAAGGAAACACUGAAGUACAAGUAGACAGUGGUGCUCCUGAGGCAAAAGAAGAAGCAAUCACACAUCAGCCAGAGGAGGUUAUGGCAGAGCAAACCAAGGAGAAGGAAGAAGAGGAGAACACAGAGGAGAAAACUACAGAAACAUCAAAAGAGGCAGCUGAAGUAGAAACAGCUGAAGCGGUAGAUGAGGUGGAAGAAGAGGUUGAUAAGGUAAUGGCAGAAGAGGCAAGCGUAGUAGAAGAGGAGGAAGUGGCCUCAGUGGCUGAGGGUGGUGUCAAGCCUGAGGAAAAUGGAACAGAGAAGGAGAAGAAGGAAGAAGAAACUAUUGAGGAGAAUGGUAUGCAAAAUGUAGAGAGCGGUGAGACAGAGGCAGAGGAUGGAGUCGGGGUCAAGGUGGACAACCUUAAUUUACAGUUGGCAGAAGACGAUGAGGAGGAGGAGAAAGAGGAGGGGGAGAAGAUGGAGGUAGCUCCAACUCAGAAGGAAGAGCUGAAGAGCUCUGCGGAAGAGGAGGCUCCAGUGGUUUUAACGAGAGUUCUGAGAGUGAGGUUAACUGCCACACCCACAACCACACCCAACUCCAAGGCCACGCCCCAGCGUAAAUCCACAAGACACAGCAAAAUAGUAACACCUGAGAAGUUCGAUCCUGAGGUGGUCCUGCUUUCAUCAGAUCAAGAGCAGGAAGAAAGCCGUGUGGAAAAGAGACAUCUACGUAAGAGAAAAAGCACAGGGCCAACACCUGUUCACAGCAGAACUUAGGCUGUGAAGACAGGUGUUUUUGUUCUCCUCUUUAAAUAUACAGCUAUAGAGGAAAGAUUUCACAUGGGACCAGAUCAUUUCCUUUUAUCUAUUUGUCAGAAGAAGAAAAAAAUUGAAAAAAUGCUUCCUGUUUUUGUGUAAUUUUAUGUAAUUUUCCGAGGCGAUAUGCUGCAUAUUUAAUACCUUUUUAUAUUGUACGUAACAUUUAGCAUUUUAAGUACAAAUCUGUUUACUAUUUUUUCAAAUUGCAGCUGUCAUUUUGACCUUAGUGGCGGGUAACGCAAUGUGUUUCAGUAGGCUGGAAGGCUUUGGUUUUCUGAUAAAUGUAUAGUAUUUUUAGGUCGAACAGUUUUUAACUGUUUCUGUUGCAGUUUCUAACCGCACAAAUUUUUUUGUAAUCACAAUUUAAACAUGAUCUUCUAAGAUAGCAUUUAUUCUCUCAAAAUACUACAGGGUGUAUUUCAGCAUACCAUAAUUCCAAACGGUGUCCCCUCAAGUAUAACUCAACAACUCUAUAAAUAAAUACAUAUAUUUUUUACGUAUGAAUUUAGUUACACUUAUUGUCAUUAAGAGACAUCUGAUUUUGUUAGUCAGUCUCACUCAGAUAUAAUAUUAAAACCUGCACACAUUUCUCUCCACCCUAUGGAAAAAUGUGUAUAAUUGCAGGAAAUUAGUUAUAAAAAUGCUCAAUCUUUUAUCUGUCGAAUUGCAAAAUCUGUAGAAUUGCAGCAAACCUGUUUUAAAACUGCAAUAUUUUCUCUACACCCAUGGCAAAAUGUGUAGAAUUGCUCUAAAUUAACUGAAUUACGCAGGCACAAAUGGGUACGCAGACCCAUGAGCAACUGCGGCACCUUAUUAGUUCAGAUUUUUUUGUGGCCCCCACCCUCAUCAAAGUUACCCAUCUCUGAUAUAAAUGCUAUUACAUUAAAUGUGUAAUAUGUUCUUAAAUGUGUAAUAUGACACAAAUAUGAUCAUUUGUGUGUUACAAAAGUGUAAAAUAUGUCCUAUUUUAUUAAGGGAAUAAUGCAUUAAGCAAAGUUUUAUUUUUAUUUUACUGCACAUUUGAGUGACAUUUCUCUUUGACAUUUUUUAAGGUUUCAUUUUUACCCAAUUACAAUUGUUUUCAGCGGAACUGUCACGCUCUGACCAAAGUAAACUGUUUUUCUCAGUGUUGGUUGGGGCGUGAUAGUGACUAGGGUGGGUCAUCUAGGUGUUUGUAUGUCUAUUUUGGCCUGAUAUGGUACCCAAUAAGAGACAGCUGUUUAUCGUUGUCUCUGAUUGGGGAUCAUAUUUAGGUAGCCAUUUCCCCAUUGUUAGUUGUGGGAUCUUGACUAUGUGUAGUUGCCUGUCAGCACUAUUGUAUAGCGUCACCUUUCGCUUGUUAUUUUGUUUGUUUGUUCGUUCGGUGUUCAUUCUUUUAAUAAAGAGAAUUC